CCCUGUCCGGUCCUGCACAGAAAACUGCCAUUUCUUGCCAAGAAAGGGGUGGCUUGUAGGCUCAAGCCUUCCGGACAUUUCCACCGAUUUCGCUGCACAUUCGGCGCCUUUCCUGAAUCGGACGGGGCAAGUUCGGCUCACAGUAAAGCGCCGGCAGCAGGCCACACGUACAGCUUCCAGUGAUGGUCUAGUGUCGUCUACUCUACCAUACCUCUGCACCCAUUUAAGCAGAGCAAUGUGCCAAUGCUAUUGCACUCAACACAUAUCCACACACAACUGGAGAAGCUCAACUCGCCGACGGAUCGGAAACAAUGGCGAGCCGCCAGCCGCGGCCGGUGGACGCUUCCCUGAGAUCGCUGUCGAUUGCAUCUGCGCUGCUGACAUGGAGCGUUUGCUGUGCCGCGGUGAGUGUGAGGGCACUACCUGAACCUGACGGUGGUAGCUCCAACUCCAACAUGACAGAACUCCAGAUGCAUGUGUCAUUCUUCGACAGGAACAAAGAUGGCAUCCUCACUCCUCUUGAAACUUUCCAAGGAUUUGUUGCUAUCGGAUGUGAAGUUGCCUUCUCCACCGCGGCUGCAUCGACAAUUCAUACUGCUCUCGCUCCUUUGACCAACCCUCCUGGUGCACUGCCACCUUACAUAAAUAUCUACGUGGAGUACAUCCACAAAGCAAUUCAUGGAAGCGACACCGGCGCCUACGAUUCCAAAGGAAGGUUUGUCCAGGCAAAAUUUGACGAAAUAUUUAAGAAGCAUGCUCAUAUCAGAAAAGACGCCUUGUCGCUCUUGGAGGUAGAAGAGAUGCUCACAGUCAACCGGGACGUUCUUGAUCCUGCAUCAUGGGCUGCUGCUGAGGCCGAGUGGCAGCUGAUCUACCAGCUAGCCCACGACAGGUAUGGGUUUCUUACCAAGGAACGCGCGAGGGGCAUCUACAACGGCAAGAUCUUCGUUGAGCUUGAGGAACGCAUCAGCAGGAGACCUCUUCACAGCAACGCAUGAUAUCUAUCAUUAAUUUGGCAGCUGCAGCAACUUGUAUGCUUCACAUGAUCACAAUUAGGCAGCCGUGGUAGUACCAGCAUCUUGUAUACUGGAAUGGAACCUGAUUUCUAUACGACUUUACUACUGGAAACUGAAGAUUUCCUGUCGGUUACCAAACCGACAGGACAAUGCCAUUUACCGACAGAAAAAAUAGUUUUUAUUUUUCC